UAAAUAAAGAACACGAACAAAUAUUAUUUAUUAUACGAAAAUGUAUUAUUAUUAACAUUUAAAAUCUUCGUUAAAUAGUACUGCAUAACUUGGGAUUUCGUCCACAUCUAUUCUCACAUGCUCCGAUUCUUCUGGAAAGGCUGGUGUAAGAAUACGAGUAACUUUUGACAUGAUCACAGGCCGUUAAAGAGAUGAUUCAUAUUUUUUCGAUAAUAGAUUGUGCUCUUCGAGCUGUCUUCGACAGAAAUGGAAAUUUGCUUUAUUAACCUGGUAAUAAAAAAUAUUUGCGAUAUCAGGACUUCAUCUGUAAUACAUGUAAAACAAAUACAACUGUUCGGUUUGAUUUUUUUACUUCGCUAUAUUAUCCUAAGCCUGUCCUUCGUUCUUGCGAACAUGUUCACACCACAGUGAUGAGCAUUAUUUUUGGGAAAAAGGAAAAGGUGAAAUAUGUAGAAAAUGCGUUAAAAACCUUCAAAUAUAGAUUCAUCAUUCUAAAUAAUUUCGAUUACCACCGUAAAUUCUAAUCUGUUUUUGUGAGAUAAGGCCAUUCUUUUAUUUUCUCUCCUUGUCUAAGUCAUGAGCUGAGUCCGCUUUUUGUGCCUCCUCCAACAGCCAGAUAAUAUGAUCAAGGAUUUUUUCCAUGUCUUUCAUACCAUAUCUUUGUACGCAAUAAAUAGAGUCUUACGUGAUUCGAUCCCGUAAUCAAGAUUCCCGUGCCUAUUUUUCCCU